AGUCGUAGCGUUAACGGACAGCAAUUAGCCGUUACUUCACGUCGACGGCUCUCUCAUUCUUCCUACAUACGUCGGAUUAGAUAAUUCUUCUAAAACGAUGGCAGCUUCCCCACCACCACCUCCACACGAAGAAACCGCUCCAACCACCUCGUCCGAAAACCCGCCAGAACUCGCUCCCCCACUCGCCCUAAACUCGGAAAAUCAGGCCACCGAUUCAAAGGAACUCACUCCUCUGCCACCAGAGCCCUCCGUCCAAAUCAUCACAAUCCCAAGCUACUCGAGGUGGUUUUCAUUCCACAAGAUCCAUGAGACGGAACGCCGGCUCCUUCCAGAAUUCUUCGACUCGAGAACCCCACCUUCGAAAAACCCUAGGGUUUAUAAGUACUACAGGGAUUCCAUAGUUCGGCGGUUCAGGGAGAAUCCGUUGAGGAAGCUCACGUAUACAGAGGUGCGGCGGACUCUCGUUGGGGAUGUCGGAUCGAUCCGGAGGGUCUUUGAUUUCCUCGAGGGAUGGGGCUUGAUCAAUUACACAAGGGCCACGGCCUUGAAGCUGAAAGGAGAAGAGAAGGAGAGUAAGCUGGGCGUUGGUACGCCGUCGCCUGCAGCAGCAGUGGACUCUCAUCUGGAGAAGAAAGAGAGCGCAAAGAAGGUGUGCGGCGGUUGCAAGACUGUUUGCAGCCAGGUUUGCUUCGCCUGUGAUAAGGUUGACCUGAUUCUUUGUUCAAGGUGCUUUGUUCGUGGCAACUACCGGGUUGGCCUCAAUUCUGGAGACUUUAAAAGAGUUGCCAUCAAUGAAGAAGCAAAGACAGACUGGACCGAGAAAGAGACUCUGCACCUCCUAGAAGCCGUUUUGCAGUAUGGUGAUGACUGGAAAAAGGUAGCAGAGCAUGUCGGUAGCAAAGAAGAGAAAGAGUGUGUUUCACGGUUCAUCAAGCUCCCUUUUGGAGAGCAGUUCUUGGGACCUCCAGACAUUGAUGAGGUUGAUAAGUAUUAUCAGAUAAAGGAUCAGACUGACUCUGGAACUGGAGUAGAGAAUUCCAGUGUUUCAUCCCCUGCUAAGAGAAGGUGUCUCACACCCCUUGCUGAUGCAAGCAACCCAAUUAUGGGUCAGGCUGCUUUCUUAUCAGCUGUGGUGGGCUCUGAAGUUGCAGAAGCUGCAGCCCAAGCCGCUGUGGCAGCUCUUUCAGAGGUAGGCCUCACUGAUGGUCACAAUGAGAGCAGAGAAAAUUUUGAAUCUCUGGCCAAAGAAACAGAUCAUCAAGAAGCUGUCGCUGCGAAUGGUCACACUGAAGCGAGGGUCCUGGAGCAGGCAGGCUUAGAUGCGUGGGCUCUGCUUGAGAAAGAAGAGCAGGAUGUGGAGCGAUCCAUCUCCGAUAUCAUCGAGGUUCAGAUGAAGGAAAUCCAGGAGAAGAUUGUCCAUUUCGAGGGCUUGGAUAUGCAAAUGGAGAAAGAGUGGCUGCAGCUACAACACAUGAAAGACCUACUUUUUGCUGAUCAGUUAACCAUUCUGCAACACAGAGCUCCAUUGAGGUUUGGGGAGAGUGGAGAGAAGGACAAGGUCAAAUCAACAGAUGCUGUUACCUGACAGCAUGUAAUGUAUAAUCUUUGAGGAGGUAUGAUUAGAGGUGUAAUCAUAGAAAUUGUGAUUUCAAUGGUUUCAUGAUAGAGCCAAGGUUUUUUUUUUUUUUCUCGAAGUAGCUUGAUGAAGCCAAUUUUCUGGAUGAAAGUACAUGCUCUUCUCAGUUAAUACAAUCUUUUUAAACGAGAAUGAUAUAUCCACACAUCUUGUCUGCAA